ACAGCUGCUUUGAUAUCAAAUUAUCAAAGUCUGUUGGCAUGUGGUCAUCAUGUGGAUAAAAUUGGUCAACGAUAACAAAAUAUGAAUCUAUUUAAUUUUAGACUGUAGUUCAUCACGCAUCAACAGGAUUGUAACAAACAAUAAUCAAUGUGUACCAGUAUCCUACAUUCAUAUCUGCGUAACGUUCUAUCAAGGCUGAAUGCUGGUCAUAAUAAAUUAAUAAUAGUGGGUCUAUGUCUUCAAACUGUCGCAUUUUAUGGCGUUUACAUUAGAUAGCCAUAAUUAAAUCAACCGUUCACGCGGAGAUGGAAGGUAUAGAUGUAGAGUUUACAGACGUAUCCCUAACGGUCAAUGUGUGGGAUCCUUUGACGACAAAGACGUUAAGACCAGAAAAAAAAACUAUUUUAAACAAUGUCAGUGGCUCAUUUCUUAGAAAUCAAGUGGGCGCUAUAAUUGGAUGUUCUGGAUCUGGAAAGUCAACUCUUAUGAAUAUUUUAUCUGGUUACAUGUCAAAUGGUUACCAAGGAACUGUUACUUUAAAUGGAGCACGACGAGAUUUGCUAUCAUUUAGGAAUGUUUCAAGUUAUAUCAUGCAAGACGAUAGUUUGCAAUUAUAUUUGACUAUUCAAGAAUCUAUGGAAAUUGCAAUGAAACUUAAAUAUUCAAUUUAUAAAUUAGAUGUUCAAAAAAGAAUUUUAAUAGACAAUUUACUUCAUAAUUUACUUUUACAUGAUAAACGAGACUCAUUAGUUUAUAAUUUAUCUGGUGGCGAGUGUAGGAGAUUGACUAUUGCUUUAGAAUUAGUUCGCAGCCCAAAAGUGAUGUUUUUUGAUGAGCCCACAACAGGUCUGGAUAUAGUGUCUGCAAAUAAUGUUGUUAAGAUUAUGAGAAAAUUGGCUGACUCUGGGAAAACCAUAAUAUGCAGUAUACAUCAAGCUUCGGCUUCUCAUUUGACAAAUUUUGACACGGUUUAUGUACUUACACCUUCAGGACAAUGCAUGUAUAAUGGAAAAUCUUUACAAAUAAUUGAUUAUUUUUCACAACUUGGAUUUCAAUGUCCUCCAUAUCACAACCCUGCUGAUUAUGUGAUUGAACUGAGUUUGGGUGAAUAUGGAAUACCCAUUGAAUCAAUGAUUGAGCUUGCUGGUGAACAAAAUAAGAAUAAUCGACACACAAUUGAUCAAAAUGUUAACUGUGUACCUGUAAUUUAUAGUCGAGAAUAUUCUCCAAAAUAUUUUCCUGAGCUUUGUAUACUUAUAUACAGAACCUUUUUAACUACUUUUAGAGAUCAUUUUUUAGUUAAAGUAAGACUUUUUGUCCACUUCUUGUUGGGAAGUAUGUUUGGAAUUGUGUACAUAGGACUUGGGAAGAGCGCUAUGCAUGUUCGUGACAAUGCAGUAUUACUAUUUUUUUGUGUAAUGUUUAUGACUUAUGUAGCAGCAUUUACCAUGUCUAUAAAAUUUCCAUUAGAGUUAUCAGUGAUGCGGAAAGAAUAUUUUAACAGAUGGUAUUCAUUAAGUUCUUAUUACAUUUCUGUCACACUUGUGGAUUUACCAGUACAAAUUUUUUGUACUUUUUUGUUUUGUUCAUUAAUAUACUUGUUAUCUGGUCAACCUUUUAUAUUCUUUAGGAUUUCAAUGUUUCUGUUGAUAUUUAUUGUAACAGGACUUAUGUCACAAGCAAUUGGAAUGCUUGUCAGUACUUUAUGUAAAGGAUUUGUUAUUAAUACUGUCAUUGUUGCAUUGAUAUUAAUGUUUUGGACCACUUAUGCAGGUGGUAUGAUAAGAAUAUCAGAUACUCCUAAAAUAUAUCGAUGGUUAUAUGAUGUAUCGUUUAUGAAACAUUCUGUGCAAGGUGUUCUACAUUCAGUUUAUGGUUAUGAUCGUUCUGUAUUGCCUUGUCCAGUUAUGUUUUGUCCAUAUGGUUCACCAAAGGUAAUGCUUAAAACAAUUGAUAUGAGUGAAAUUUAG